AUGACGAGCCAGAUGAGUGGUAAAUAUCGAAAAUCCAGAGAUCCAAAGCUCCAAAGCUCCAAAGAUCCAACACUGAUUGUGGCGGUCAGGGACAAGAGAAUAUUCAGCACAGGUUGCUCAGCUGAACAAGCAAAGAUGAACGACUGCUACUUCGAUAAAAAGGACUGGAGGACCUGCAGGAAGGAGAUGGAAAUCUUCAGAGAAUGCUGGAAGAGGCAGGGGAACGAUCAGAGGACAGAGACGAAGGACGCUUAA